UUCCCCGCCGAGCUUCUAGAAGGGGUUUCGGGGGAUGCCGCCCCACCGCAUUCCGCGAGGAGCUUAGCCCGCUCCGCCUGCCGCCCGGAUGGGACCACCCGAGCGCUGAAAGGAGAUGUGGCAUUACUGAACUGUACAGCCAUUGUGAACACCAGCAAUGAAAGCCUCACAGAUAAGAACCCUGUGUCAGAAAGCAUCUUCAUGCUUGCAGGGCCAGAUCUGAAAGAGGACCUCCAGAAACUGAAAGGUUGCCGGACAGGUGAAGCAAAAUUGACGAAAGGAUUUCACCUGGCUGCCCGCUUCAUCAUCCACACGGUGGGACCUAAGUACAAGAGCCGCUAUCGCACAGCCGCAGAGAGUUCCCUGUACAGCUGCUACCGAAACGUCCUGCAGCUGGCGAAAGAGCAGUCCAUGUCUUCUGUUGGAUUCUGUGUCAUUAAUUCUGCAAAACGAGGUUAUCCUUUAGAAGACGCGACGCACAUAGCACUUCGCACUGUAAGGAGAUUCCUAGAGAUUCAUGGGGAGACCAUUGAAAAAGUAGUCUUUGCUGUCUCUGAACUUGAAGAGGCUACUUACCAAAAGCUGCUACCUCUGUACUUCCCAAGGUCUUUGAAGGAGGAGACUCUGUCGUUGCCAUACCUGCCAGCAGAUAUCGGAAAUGCGGAGGGGGAGCCUGUGGUCCCUGAACGGCAGAUUCGAAUAAGUGAGAAACCUGGUGCCCCAGAGGACAGCCCAGAAGAGGAGGACGAAGGCUUGGGAGUUGAUCUUUCUUUCAUUGGCUCUCAUGCUUUUGCUCGAAUGGAAGGAGAUAUUGAUAAGCAGAGAAGACUGAUCCUUCAGGGCCAGUUAUCAGAGGCAGCCCUGCAGAAGCAGCAUCAGAGAAAUUACAAUCGCUGGUUAUGUCAAGCAAGAUCUGAGGAUCUAUCUGAUAUCGCUUCUCUCAAAGCCUUAUACCAAACAGGUGUCGAUAACUGCGGUCGCACAGUGAUGGUGGUGGUUGGAAGAAACAUUCCUGUAACAUUAAUAGAUAUGGACAAGGCGCUCUUAUAUUUUAUCCAUGUGAUGGAUCACAUUGCUGUGAAGGAAUAUGUACUAGUAUAUUUUCACACCCUGACCAGCGAGUACAAUCAUCUGGACUCAGACUUCCUGAAGAAGCUCUACGAUGUCGUCGAUGUCAAGUACAAGAGGAAUUUGAAGGCUGUUUAUUUUGUUCAUCCAACAUUUCGUUCAAAGGUGUCAACAUGGUUUUUUACCACCUUUUCUGUCUCAGGACUGAAGGACAAAAUCCACCACGUGGACAGCCUCCACCAGCUCUUCUCUGCCAUCUCCCCAGAGCAGAUCGACUUUCCUCCAUUUGUCCUUGAAUAUGAUGCCAGAGAACAUGGGCCUUACUAUACAUCCUAUCCGCCAUCACCAGAUUUGUGACCUGCCACCUUUGAGUACCACUGGUUUCCAAGGAUGCCACUUUCUCCACGAAUCACUACCUACCGAAGUGAUACUCAUUUUUGCUGUACAGACCCAGAGAGCCUUUUGUCCCCACCUCUCUGGUAUUUUUUUAUUGACUGUAUAUUUUCUGGCACAUAAAGCAAUCUGAAAAUGGUAGGCCAUUCGGAACUGCACUCAUAUUUUAAAUUUGUAUAUUUGUAUCAAAUGAAAAUGUGCAUUUUUAGAGGAUUGUUAAUAGAAAUUGGGGAGCGACUUUUUGAGUGUCUUCAGUUUCCUGAACAGAUGCUGGAUUCCCCAUCAGACAAGCCACCGAUAUUGUUCCCAUCAUCUCUUGAACAUUGCACGCUUCCUUUGUGUACUUCAGUAUUUCUCAAAAUAUAUAGAACCAAUGUAUGCUGACCAGAUGCAUUAUUUGCUUCAGAUCCUGGCAUUACAUUGUAUACAGAUAAUUUGAUUAUGAUGAAAGAGAAUUGCCUGGCACCACGGAUAUAUCUGAUCAAAAACAUCAAAAUCAUUAGCAAAAUAUAGGUCUUAGAAUUAGACUGCACCAGUGAAGACAAAACAUUUAAGAAUUACCAUUCCUGGGAGCAUAUGAUUUAAGAUUGUUCUGGUCUCAACAGAGUGGGACAACAAGAAGGUGGUACCUUCAGCCUUUUUUCUGUGAUCAUGGGUGAUGCGGUCUCCUUGUUCUGAAGGGCUGUGCAUAUUGGUGCUCUGAAGUGAAGGGCACCUCCGAGAUGCCAUCAGGGAACCCUCAGUCUGUGCUGUCUUCCCAGAGUCACAAAUGAUUUCUGUUGGGCUCUCAGGGCUACUCCUUCUAAGCAGUGUCUCUCAAGUUGCUUAAUCAAUAUGGAAGGAGUGUGUUGCAGCGAACCAAAUUCCAGACCACUUUUGUCACUCAGGCUCGAUUUGUGCCUUAGCUUGCUUGUGAAUAAAAAUCAGAAGUAUGUUACCUACCUCACAGAGGUAUCAUGAGGAUAGCAUUUAGAAAGGGCUUUUGAUGUCUUCGGAUGAAAAAUGCUAGGGGAAUUUGUGCGGUGGGGUGUCUUCAAUUAGUUUUAAAAGAUAAUAAUUAUACUUGAGGGAGUGCUGCAAGCCACUCCUCUUGUCCUUGGCACCUUUUGAGUGAUUUUUCUCUUUUUGGGACAGAGCUGCUAGUGCAAAAUCCCAACCCCGAGGACCUCCUUGCUUUGUCCAGAAUUUCUUGUGACCUGCUCCUCCCCCAGUGCUACAUUUUAACAAGAGGCAUCUGUUAGCCAUUUUAAGCUUUUCUUCUUGAAUUAAGGUAAAAAAACCAUUAUCAUUU